AUAUCAAAAAAAUAUGUAAAGACUUUUGUGGAGGUGACGCAGAUUCCGACCUGCGGUGACUGAUUGGUGGAGGACUCCUCUUGAAGCUCAGGCCCGACUCUACAAGCAAGUCUCCGCUUCUCAUUGGUGGAAAAUGAUUUCAAACUGUGCGCCAAAAUUUUGGGCUGGCGCCCUGUGUGCUCGUGCAUGAAGCCUCUUCUCUGGUUGGUGCGCAUGUCAGGAGCCGUCCCGCCCGCUCCGCGGACAUAUAAUAGUAGGUUUGGCUUGUCAAGCCGCACUUCCUUCUGCAGAAUUAUCCAACCAUGAGCGGCAGAGGCAAAACCGGUGGCAAAGCCAGAGCGAAGGCCAAGACCCGCUCCUCUCGUGCUGGUCUCCAGUUCCCAGUCGGUCGCGUCCACAGACAUCUGCGCAAAGGCAACUAUGCGCAGCGUGUCGGCGCAGGAGCCCCCGUCUACCUGGCGGCUGUGCUGGAGUAUCUGACCGCUGAGAUCCUGGAGCUGGCUGGAAACGCUGCCCGCGACAAUAAGAAGACUCGCAUCAUCCCGCGUCACCUACAGCUGGCUGUCCGCAACGACGAGGAGCUCAACAAACUGCUGGGCGGAGUGACCAUCGCUCAGGGCGGCGUGCUGCCCAACAUCCAGGCUGUGCUUCUGCCCAAGAAGACCGAGAAGCCCGCCAAGUCAAAGUAGACAUGGCGCCCGCCAUUUAGACCACAAAGGCUCUUUUAAGAGCCACCCAAUCACACGGAAAGAGCUCUGAUCCAUAUGCGUCGAGUAAAAUCAUGUAAAACAUGCAACAACUUAUUAAAGUACAAUGCUUGGCAGUAAUACA